AUGUUCGGCAAUGAAGGCAGAAGACUUCGAUACUCUUACCCGUCCUUGCUUACUGACAAUGAAAUAGCUCAUGGUGUGCCUCUGACUGCAACUGGAUGGGAUGUCACAACUGAACAUAAUUACUGUAAAGAGCAAAAUGAAGAUGAUUUCACAGAAGCUGUGUUAGUGGUUAGAAAGCCUGGAAGUGAUGUUACGAUUGAACACAAUUACUACAAAGAGCAAAAUGAUUGUUCCAAAUCAUCGGUAGAGAUUGGAUCGUCAGAUGUUGGAAAUUCUCAUGAACAGCCUUCAUGUUCAAAUUUUUCAACUGUUGCAACAGUUGUUGAAAAUAAAGGAAUUGAUUCUAAUGCUAAUGUGAAACAGAAAUCUAAUGCUGAUGUGGUGAGACAAAUGUUGACAGAAGAUACAAAAUGUACACAUUGGCAAAAAGGUUACGUGGUGUAG